ACACCCCCUCCCAUGUGCAUGGAGCUUCUUUCUUAAAGAAAAAGAGUCUGAAGUAGGAGGAACCUUUUUCCUUUAGGGCGGAGGUUGUAGCAGGGACAAGUUUUGGUGGGACGCCAAAAUGGCAGCGCCUCUUCUAAUCUAUUCUGGCCGUAUUGCAGCGUUCAAGUUGCAAGCAUGGGGGCUUCGAAGCCUACGUUCUGCUGUUUCUUUCAGUACCAAACCAGGGGACUCUAAGAAAGGCUCAAAAAAAAAUAAAGGUGAGAUCAUAAUUAACACUAAACCUGCUGCUGCUGUAAAAAGAAAAGAUGAAGAUCUGAGGAAAUCCUUGGCAAAGAAAACUGUGGUAACAUUUCCUCAGAGAGCAAAGUUUCCUUCUCUUGAGGGACAGUCUGUUUUCUCCUCAACAGGAGGCUUGAGUAAGAAGAAGGCAGAUGGAGAGACAUCCUCUUCAUCAAGCUCUGAGUCAGAUUCUAGCUCUGAUUCUGAAGAAGAUAAUGCCUUCAAAGAUACAAUAAAAACCAAAAUAUCAUUUCCAAGUCGAGAUCCUCUUGCUUCUGAGAAUAGAACAAAGAAGACAAAAAUAACAAGAGAAAAACAUUUUUCCCAAGAGCAAAUAAAGGACAAAGCACCUGAGAAGUCCCCUUGUAGUCCUGGAUUCACAGAAACCCCUAUCCAACAAAAGGAGUUGCAUCGGACAACAGGUGGUGAUAAAUGGUUAAGGUCAGAUUUGUCAAAACGUGCCACAAAACAAAGAUAUGAAGAAACACACUUAAAGAGUACAGGCUUGGGAACAAAAGUUGCAGAGAGUCAAAAGCCAACAGAAGUUACAGCUAAACAUCUAGAGGCGUCUCUCCCUGAAGCAACUUCAAGUACAUUGUCGAGAAUUCAGUCGGGGCCUCCACAAAGUGUGGCACAAAAUCUGACUUUGCUGAGACAGGAAGAAAAUGUAGCAAGGGAGACACAAAAGGCUGAAAUGCAAGGAAGAACUGCUGCUGAGCUGCAAGGAGAGGAUUUGGAAGGCAGAAUGCCAGUGGCAGAAACCACAGUGAAGGAGGAGACUGUCCUAGAAGCAGGAGCUCAGACUGAACAACACAGCACUAUUCAGGAGGCCACACCAUCAGCUGAAACUGCUCAAGAAGUAUUUGACAUUUCUACCUACAAGAAUCUGCAGCAUCAUGAAUAUACACCAUACACCUUUGUGGAUUAUGAUGUUCAGCUCUCAAAAUUCAGGCUGCCUCAGCCAUCAUCUGGGAGAUUAUCUCCAUGACACUGAACCAAAUGUGGAGACGUGCAGACAAAUUACUUAAUUCUGGCAAUGAAACAAUAUCUAUAUUACAAUUAAAGUGCUGUAAAUGA